CCAGAAGAUGGAAGAGGAUGAAUUAGACAGGUUAAAGCUUCCGAAAACACGUCAAGUGGCUAGAGAACGAGAGAUCGAUAUAUCAGGUCUAAAAAAUAUUGGUGAAAUUCGCUGUACCCUGAAACGCCAUUUAUUGAAGGAUAGAAAGUCGCGUGAUAGUGUAAUACAAGGUCUAUCAUCUGAUGCUGAAAAUGACAGCAUCCUUCGGAUGAGGCUUGGUGAAAUUUAUGUGUCUACCCUUCAGGCUCUUCAUGAUUUAAAACAGAGUGGUGACACGCUUUUGGAUCAUCUUGAUCAUUGCUUUCCUAGCCUGAUUACUAAUCUGGAAAAUGAACAAUCCAAGUUACUCAGCAAAAAUAUGACCUGUCCAAUCAUGGUGUUAGGAGAGACAGGAUCAGGAAAAUCCUCCUUUAUUAACCUACUCUUGGGAUGUGAGCUGUUGCCUCACUCUUUACUAAGUAACACAAAUACCAUUUGUGAAAUACAGUACGGAGAUGAUUAUAAAGCCUGCUUCCAUCCCAUUGACAAUGCUGAGUCUAAGAUGGAGAUAGGCUUUGGAAGUUUACAAGAAAUGCAAGGAGCUCUAAGUGACAAGAUACAGAAGAAAGGAGAACAAAAGUCUCUCUAUAAAAGGGUGGAAAUUUUUCUACCGAGUGACAUUUUGAAGAGUGGUCUGUUGAUAGUGGACAGUCCAGGAAUUGCUGACACGGGUGAAAUGACUGACAUAGUACUGGACUAUCUCAUCAAAGCAUGUGCAUUUAUUUACAUAAUCAACAGUGAAAAUGCUGGAGGGGUGGCUCCAGACAGGCUUCAAUAUCUUUUGAAGAAGGUGGUGGAAAAAGCAUUUCAUGAUGAACAGGAUUACAGAUCAACUUGUGCAAUAUUCAUCUGCAACAAGUGGGACCAGGUACCAUUUGAGGAGAGAAGUAGAGUUUAUCAAGACACGGUCAAAAAGCUGUGUACAGAAUCUACUGGUUGGCCAGGAUGUAAAGAGGACCAGAUCUUCAGACUGUCCACAAAAGAAGCCAUGUUUAUACAGCAGACCCCAGAAAAAUUUAUUGUAGGUCGCUUUGCUGCUAUUUUACAGAAGAUCAACAAUCUCAUUCCAGAGAGCAGAAACACACAGCUGUUGAACUCAGCAAGGUUGCUACAGCAGGUUUUGGAUAAGGCAGCUAUGUCAAUAGAGAGUAGUCUCUCUGAUGUCCAUUUAACUGCAGAGCAGAGGAUGAUCAAAAACAAGGAGACAGUAGAAGAUCUUACAAAAUUAAAGAAAGACGUAUAUGAAUUCUUUGAAGUAGAAAAGAAGAAUUUUGAUAAAGGCCUAGAGGAUCUGAUCAAAGAGCUAAGAAAUCACCUGCAGAAUGAGAAAAAGGUAGAGGAAUUGUGUAAUUUUACACAGACUAUGAACAUUUCCAAUGUUCAGUGGAAAGAGGCAACAAUUAAAGUGCGAAUCAAAUUGUAUGAUAGUAUAACAGAGGAAAUUCAAAAGUGGGAGACUGAAAACAAAAAGUUGGAGGUACUUGGUGCUAACAUGGCUAAAAACUUUCAAAAGCAGUUUCCAGAUUUUGACUCAAAGUUGUUUAAUUUACAAAAGAGGUAUAUUCAACAUAAUCAAUCAGUGAAUAUAAUUGACGAGAAUACUGAGCCAUUUGUGCCCAUUGUAAUUGCAGAAAAAUUUGACAACAUUAACUUAGGAUUAAAGGUUUUAGUGGGAAUUUCCUUUUCUCCUGUUUUGUUGAUUGGUGCUCUUGUCCGAUUACCAGUAUGGGGAAUAAGGGAAUUAGCAAGGAAAGUUAAAGGUCAAAUGCUGGAGGCAGAGUAUUGCAAGGAUCCUCGACAUUCACUCAUGAAGUAUGCAGAGGGCAUUCUAAAGUCAACAAGUGACCCCAUGAAAAUGAAACCCAUUAUGGAAAAGGAGGUUUCUCAUUUGUUUAAGUAUUUGGAGAAUCAGAGGAGGAAAGUUCUCCAGCAGAUUGACGCUGAGCUUACUCUGCUGGACAAAAGGAAAGAGGAGAAACAGACCAGGGAAUUUAUAGCCAAAAACUGCUCAAGUCAAAAAGUCAGGUUUGAAAGAUUUCGACGAAGGCUGACAUAUUUCUACAAGAUUGAAUUAACCCCCACUUCUUAUAUGUCAUUUUCUGAUUUUGAAGAGGAGAGAGUUCUAUGGCAGGGUUUGUUUGGAGAUGCCUGCAGAGUAAUAUCUAAAGAUGUCAGUAAAACUGGAGAUCAUGCCGAGGUAGUUGUUGUGAAGAACUGUUAUAGCGUUGAUGAAGUGAACAUCAUGGAACAUAUGAGAGUAGAGGAAGCAUAUAGAUCAAACAAAUUUGUGUACAACAUUCCACUUCUUUGCAUGAUUUUAAGAAGCUCUUCAGAACAUCAUUUUAUUUGGCCUGUCCUUUGUCCAGUAAAAUGCAGUCUCAGAGAAUUCAUGGACUCGAAAACAAUUGAGGCUGUAGAGAAGAUACAUACUCUCUAUCUGUACAUGGAGCAAGUUAUCAGUGGGCUGGACUUCUUGCAUACCAAAAAGCUAGUCCAUUUAGAUGUCUCCCAAGAUUCUGUUAUGGUUGAUCAAAAUAAAAGAAUAAAGCUCAUCCACAUUACAUAUCCUCAAAGGUUGAAUGCCAGCAAUUUUCCAGAGGAGGCAACAGGCUUAAAAAAAUACAUGUACUUCCACAGAGAUGUUUUGUCAUUACCAUCUCAGACAGAAUACAGCUUUAAGCAUGACAUGUAUGGAGUUGGCUUAAUGAUGUGGGAGGUCUGGAGAGGUCAGAGGGCAUUUCAGGAAAUGAUUGACAGCCCUGAGUCCAAGACCCUUCAUCAAUUUAUCAGAUUUCUCUCCGAUGACAAAAAUCACCUAAGCCUGGAUGUGGAGGAUGGUUUAGGGAUUCCUCAGGUGAAUUUCUGGAAUGACGGCAUUUUGAUGUGCCAGAGCCUGUCCAUCACUGCUGCAGGAUUACUAGAUUUACUACAUCCCUGUAAAAAUAAGACCAGCGACUAUAAACAUGCUCAGGUACAUGUUUUUAAGUCUCAGACAGACACCUCAGUGUGAUUCACCCUGAAUAAGGGGAAGAAUCAUGUAAUGUAUUGUUAACACCUAUGUGAGGUGCAGGCAUAUCUUCCCUCCCUUUACUCCUACAUUUUGUACAUACAGUUGGACUUCAUUAACUCAAACACAGAUAUCUUGAAUACCAGGGGUAAAUGUAUUGGCAGUCCGAACUACUUUUAAGCCCACCUGAGCCAAAAGCUCAAGUUAGCUUUUCUGAUCAAAAUUUGUCUGUUGUCUGUCAUCUUUGUUGUUGUAAACUUUUUACAAUUUCAUCUUUUUCUCCAGAACCACUGAUGGGGCCACAACAGAGGAUCAAUAGUGUACCUAGGAAUAUAUAGGAAUAUAUCUUUAAAAAUCUUCUCAAGAACAGCAAAGCCAUGAUUAGUCAUAAUUAUAUAGAAGCAUCCUGAGGUAGUGUAGAUUCAAGCUUGUUCAAAUCAUGACCCCCUAUGGUAGGGUGGGGCCACAAUACGGGAUCAAAGUUAUACAUAGGAAUAUAUAGGAAAUAUCUCUAAAAAUCUUCUUCUCAAGAACAGCAAAGCCAUGAUUAGUGAUAGUAAUACCAAAGCAUCCUCAAGUAGUGUAGAUUAAAUUUUUUUUUUUCAAAUCAUGUCCCCCAGGAAUAGGGUGGGGCCACUUUAGAAGAUCAAAUAUUUACAUAGAAAUAUAUUGGGGAAAAGUCUUUAAAAAUCUAAAGCCAUGAUUUAGAUUAGUCAAAGAAAUGUGGAAGCAUCCUCUGUUAGUGUAGAUUCCAGUUUGUUCAAGUCAAAGAACAAGUCUCAAUAAGGCUUAUCUGUGGUUACUCAUUAAAUUUCGAACAUUUAUUGAAAGCCUUCAGAAUUAAAUUUUAUUAUCAACUAAUGUCUUUAUUACUUAGUCAUCAUCUAAAAAUGUCAAACAAUAGAUAAAGACAACAUAUGAAGCUGCGUGUUGAGGAUGGGGUCCUUUGAUUUUCAUGAAUAUCAAUAGAAAUCAGUGACAGGUACACACUUCAAAUCUUUCUUAAACACAGAGCACGUACAGGUUUGUUCAGAGUCAAGUUUGAAAUAUGUGUAUAUUAUAUGUAUAAAGGUUGAGUGAAAAUAUCUUUAUUGUACAACUUUGUGCUCCAUGUUUUCCAAUUAAAAGUAUUGGGAUUUUGAAUCUAUUUGCUGACUUCAUUUACAUGCAGUUACCCUCUUUAUGACCUGUUUAGAAUCAUAACAAGCCAUGUGGAUUUGUAUUGUUAUGGGUAAAUGCCCCCAGUACUUACCUCGCAGAUGAAACAUACUCGGUUUUAUAUCGACCGGUCAGCAUGUACUUGUUUGGUUCAUAUUGUUUAAGCGUUUUAUUGCCAAAGUUUUGUAUAUAGAAGAUUGUAUUUGUAGUUGAUUGUGAAUCUUGAAAUUAUAAUUUGUCUUUGAAAGAAAAAUAUCAUAUCAAGAAUCUUCUUUUAUGGUAUCUAGUCUAAAUGUCUCCGCCCAUUUCCAUGAAAUAGAGAAACUGUAGCCUGUACGGGGGAAAAAUGUUCCGGCAUUUUUAAGUGCAGUAGGUUUUAAAAAUUGGUUUGUAUUUUUUGAUAUGCUAAAUUAUUAUUUAUAAAUACACAAUGCUUUAAUUAGAAAUACUUCUUUAUACACAAUGAAAACAAACAAAAUACCAUAUGAUAAUAUUUAACUGGUAAAUCAAGGGUGUAAAAAGGGACCACGCUACAAUACUUAAGUAGAAUACUCCUUUUAGAUUUCUUUAUCUGCUCUUAAAAUCUUGGCUUUAAAAAAGUAAAUUGCAUUCAAAUUCUUUAUCUGCUCUCAAAAUCUUGGCUUUAAAAGAGUAAAUUGCAUUCAAAUUCUUUAUCUGCUCUCAAAAUCUUGGCUUUAAAAGAGUAAAUUGCAUUCAAAUUCUUUAUCUGCUCUCAAAAUCUUGGCUUUAAAAGAGUAAAUUGCAUUCAAAUUCUUUAUCUGCUCUUAAAAUCUUGGCUUUAAAAGGGUAAAUUGCAUUCAAAAUCCUCACAAAUGAAUAACUGACUCCUCAUUAUAGGACAUUUUUAGGAAAAAUAGCUAGUUAUCUUCAAAAUUUUGAGAUUGUGAAUCAGUUUGAAAUGUCAAUGGAUAAAUCUGGAGGUGUGAUUACAGUGUUGUUUACAAAAUUUGUCCAGGGUAUUGUUAACUUGAGAUUAUGGACAUAAAGAACCAGUAGAUUGUAAGAACUUUUUUCCCAAUUCUUUUGAUGUAAUAAAAUACAGUCAAACCUCAUUAUCUUGAACUCAACAGGACAGAGAAAAAACUACAAGAUAACCGAGGAUUUGAGAUAUCCAGGGUUAAUUACUGAAAGAAUGAGGGACUUCCACAUCACUUUUUCAUAUCCAUAGUAUUCGAGAUAUCAGUGUUCGAGAUACCAAAGUUCAACUUUAUGUUUAAAACAAAACAAAGCUCAAGUCACUGGAAACAACCAUUAAUUUACAUUACUGAAAGCUUCAGAAUGGGGUAAACACCUCUGUGAUUAACAAUUAUUAUUUCAAUGGAUAAAUACAAAGAUGUGAAUUAGCCAUUGUCACUUCUCUGGAUAUAUCCAAAGAUGGGAAUCAUCAAAAAGUUGUGAAUCAGCCUUCAUCAUAACAAUUGGCAAAUCUAAAUUUAAAUUGAUUAUUACAUAUGAAUUUCUGUGAUACUCAUCUUUGCUUUUUAAUUCA